UGCUUGACGCUUCAUCUUUGAGUUGCAGUGCACAGUAGAAUGGCAGCGAAGGAAACAACCGAGACGGCACUAGCCGUCGAGGAAGGCAAAGUUCGAGAUCUCUACAAUGCACUGCGAACGGGCGAUCACGGCGUUAGCCUCGAAGCACUGGCACAGUCGCUCUACUUCUUACAACAUGCCGAGUUCACGCUCUUCGACGUGAAAGACGUUUUCCAAUCAUCCACCUGUGGGAUUUCAGUAUUCUAGUGAUUCUUCAGGAAUCAUACUGGACAUUGACGCUGUGCAUUUUGACAGGUGCGAGCGAGCGCUUCCUAGCAUACCGAGAGUUUCAAAUCGCUUUGGGCAAGAUCGCUCGCGUCAGGUACUAUGGUAAUUGCGGUGGGUCCGACGAAUCCGUUGCGUCGCCACCGAAACAGCACCCCCGCCCGACAGAGCUGGAGCUCCUGAGCUCUUUGGUGGAUCAAAUGACGAACGAACGCCACCAUAAUCAGCUCGACACGCUGCGGUGUCAGAUGACUCGAUGUAGUGCCAUCGACACGCUCGAGCACAAUCUGCCGGUGUUGAUGCAGAGCUUUCAAAUAUACGGCUCGCAGAACCGCAUUUCGACAAACGUGGCAGGAUCCACGUUGUCGACCAUAACCCUUGACGGAUUUGUCGAUUUCCUCAAUGCAUAUAUUGAGUAUGAGGAGUUCUUCUCUUUUGACGACCUCGCACGAGUGAGUAUUUUUUUUUAAGAUGAAGUCGAUGCACUAAUUUCCCUUUUCAGAUGUACACCGAGGUUCUUUCUGGGUUUACAAUAGAGGUCAUCAAGAAACAGACAAAGAAUCGCAAGGAUGCACCAAUUCACAUUGCUAGUGAGAUGAAUUUUGCACAGUUUUUGGAGUUGCUUUGUCGAGUGGCUUGUGUAAUGCACCACAAGCUUUUACUAGGAGAGGGUGUACAGCUUCGACGAGCUGUUGAGUCCUGUCGUCUCGAGUUCAGCCUUGAAGUGCUUUUGGACCACAUGAGUAUCAAACUUAUUCCGAACGAUGAAUCGAUACCAGGAACUACGAAUCAACAGCAGCAAGAAGUCCCUACUAUUACCUCUGGUGUGAAAGAUCUGGCAACAAUUUCCUCCCAAUCGCCUCGCGACGACAUUGCUGCCAUGGUAUCGAUAGUACAGAAUAUUCGUGAUCUUCUUCAGCUUGAAACUGCUGACUACGCAAUAUCAACAAAGCCCAAAUACCGGCUAAAGCGAGAAGGUAGCUUGGCAACGAUAGGGCAGUUUUCGAGAAGACCGAGUGGUAAUCCAGCAGAGCAACCAUCAUCAGGACGGAGCACUCCCAAUAUCCACUCGACUACUUCUCAAGCCAGAUUAGACGAGAAACCAAAGCCACUUCCGCAAGUAGCCAUGAUACGAGAGGUUGUCAUGCCUCCUACGCUGCCUUCAGACCUGAUUCAGUUGCUUGAGAGUGCGUUGAAAUUCCAGAAUAUGGCCCAGUACAAUAUGGCUCUGAGCACGCUUGAUUCGUGCAAGCAGCGUUACCAAGAACAGUAUUCUUCACCCAAUGGCGACGAGGUCGACCCAAUUUGGACUGAAGUUCAUCUUUUCUUCCUCCUCCAAGCUGCAAGUGUCUACGAUAGUGCUCACCGAGAUACACAAGCUUUGACGAAGUACUAUGAGGCAAUGAAAUUAGCUCGCCAAUUACCAGCAUCGCACCCGGGACGACUAUUGGCCAAGAGCUGCGUCGGAGUCACACUAUUUUACGUUGGUGAACUAGCAUUGGCACAGCAAUUUCAUCAGCUAGUAUUGGAUGUACGAAAAGCUACCAAGAACAGUACUGGAAUCCAGCCAGACAUACGAGGGCCUGCAAAGGCUGACAACUCUACCAACUGCGCUCUUGUCGACACAGCGACAUCCAUGAAUAACGUUGCGUGCUGCUUAUCCCAGGAUCAGAGUGACUCAGCUUCCAGAUCUUUGGACAACGCGUAUUUGCUGUUUAAACACGCAAAACAAUUUUACACUGAUGCUUUCGGGCCUGCACACCCUCGAGUGGAACUAAUCGGUCGAAAUUUAGAUCGAGUUCGAGCAUGUCAGAACGGUGUAGUAAGCGAUGCUGCUGGUGCGUUGGCGCGUGGGGAGUACGCCCAUGUGAUUCCUGGAUCGACAUUCCAGAUUAAAGCAUUUGAGUUUGCUUCAAAAUCUUCAAAAGGAAGCAGCGGUAAAAGUGGCAAGUCAGGGGGCAAAAAGAAAAAGAAAAAUGCCAAGUAACUUGCAUUGAUAACGAAAUACACCUAGUGGU